CGGGUAUUGAGUAUUUUGCUUGUUGCCCCUCAACGCGAGAAAGAUGCCGUCUGGCGGAGAAAACAGUAAACCAAUGAUUCUUUUAUGGGCUGAUUUGACGUUGGAGCACUUGGAUCGCCUUUGUCAAUGUGCAACGACAGAAGAGAAGAUGAGACUCAUUGGAGAAAUAUUCCAUCUUGAAGAUUUUGAAACAAACCUUAAAUCAGGGAUAAUAGCUGAUCUAUACUUCUAUGCUUUACAGUUUGCAGAGGAGAAUAGCUUCAGUUACGAGCAGACUUCUGCUUUCUUUUCUAUUGUUAAAGCUACUCAUCAUAAGUGUAUAGAGACUCCAUAUGACAGUAUGCAAGAAACAUAUGAGUUUUUCAAAUCUCUUCUACUUUGUCACAGCGUGAAGAGACCGCCUUACAGCAUUGGUAUAUUUGCAAUGGCUGAAGUUGAGAAGAUCAGAGAUUAUGUGCUAAAAUCAUAUUUUAAGCAUUUCAGAAUGUACAAAUAUGCUUUCACUCCAAAGGUUCGUUUGGAUAUAUCAUUUCAUUAUUCUGGUCUUCCUGAAACCCCUCCACCGGAACCUGCGGCAGCAGAUGAAGAUCAGAUUCCUAUAGAAGAGGAAGUUGGCAACAAUGGAGACAUCGACAGUGUUCAGCAGACAGAAGAGUCAAUUGAGGAACCUGCAACAGAAGAAUCUGAGGCUGUUCAAGGUCUUAGAAAAAUGAUGGAGGCCACUUUUGCAGGACAGCUGGAACAAUUGAAAGCAUCGGUUGAUGAGCAGUUGAAGAGCCAGGAUAAGAAACUGUUGGAGCGGUUAUCUGCAAUGGAAAGCAAGGUGUCUGGAAAGACAAUUUCACCACCAAGAAGUCGUAAGAAGUAGACUUUAUGUACAAUCGAUAGAUAUGCAUAUACUGCUACAAAGUAUAGUGUGUACUGUAGAUGUAAGAUUACUAUAGUAGUAAAUGAAUGUUACAUAAU